AUGUCGACGAUCACCCCUGUGUCACCUCCGGUGUACGAUGACGACAAGAUCCUCCCUGUCGGUGCGGCGACUACGACCGUGGAUGAGGAUCCUGGAUUCGUCAAAGACGAUGUUAGAGUGGAUGUCCAUACCAAUCUUUACGACGGUGUCCAACGUAAGAUGGAACAACGACAUAUGCAGAUGAUCGCACUUGCCGGAACUCUCGGUACAGGUUUGUUCCUAGGUAGUGGAAAGACUAUCGCACAUGGUGGACCGGUCGGUUCGUUGUUGGCUUUUGUCUUGACUGGUUCAAUCGCAUAUUCCAUGUUGGUCUGUGUAGGUGAAAUGGCAGUUUACGCACCAAUUUCAGGAGGGUACAUUCAUUACAUCGAAAGAUGGUUGAACCCCUCAGUGGGAUUUGCAGUCGGUUGGCAAGUCUGUUUUCAAUAUUGCUUGUUCUUACCUUCAGAGAUUAUCGCUGCGUCGAUCUUGAUUUCGUACUGGGACACAUCUUUUACUAUCCCACAUCAAGCUGGAUAUAUGAUUGCGCUGGCUUUCGGUGCUGCUGCUAUCAACUUUUUCGGUGUCAGGUGGUUCGGUGAAUCCGAGUUCUUCUUCGCAUUUAUCAAGAUCGCUCUCGUCAUCGGUCUGAUCAUCGCAGGUAUCGUCGUCGACCUAGGCGGUGGACCAAAUCACGAUCGUAUUGGUUUCCGAUACUGGAAAGAUCCCGGUGCAUUUGCCGAAUACCACUUCGCAGGCGAUCUAGGUAAAUUCUUAGGUUUUUUUACCAACCUCCUUCAAGCGGCAGGAUCUUUCGCAGGAAUAGAAUCAAUCGCAGUGGCAGCAGCAGAAGUGAAAAAUCCCCGUGUGGCUUUAACAAAAGCAAUCAAACGAUUGUUCUGGAGAAUUACCAUUUUCUAUAUCCUAUUGAUAUUCGUGGUUGGGUUGUUGGUUCCAUAUAACGAUUCAUCAUUAUUACAAUCGACUGGUACAGCCGCAUCAUCACCUUUCGUCAUUGCUUUCCAAAGAGCUGGAAUCAAAGCUUUACCCAGUAUAAUCAACGCUGCUGUCCUCACCUCUGCUUUCUCAGCUGGAAGUUCCCUCAUGUAUUCGGUUAGUAGGAUGUUAUAUGGUUUAUCACUUAGAGGAUACGCUCCAAGGAUAUUAGCAAGAACGACCAAGAAAGGAUUACCGAUCGUUUCGUUAAGUUUCGUAACGCUCUUUUACGCAUUGUCAUUCAUGACGUUGAGUAAAGGUGCUUCGACGGUGUUGAAUUGGUUAUCGAACUUGAAUGCUUUAAUCGGUUACAUCACUUGGGGUACUAUCGCCAUCACUUACUUACGAUUCAAGAAAGGUUUAGCAGCUCAAGGUAUUGAUCGAAAGUCAUUACAUUAUUGGAACAGACUUCAACCCUGGCCAGCAUACUGGGUGAUCUUCUGGUCAUCAAUCAUCAUCAUCUUCAACGGUUGGGAAGUAUUCACCAAGGGCUAUUGGAAUCCAUCAGACUUCGUGAUUGCCUACAUCACCAUACCCGUCUUUUCGGUACUCAUAUUGGGAUACUGGAUUGUGAAGAGACCUAGACACUUGAAGAUUGACGAAUUGGAUAUGUACUCCAACAUCCCUACGGACGAGGAAGUGUCUUAUGAGGAACCGCCACCUAAGAAUUGGGGUGUCAAGGUGGUCAAUUUCCUGUUUACCUAA